AUUUGACGUAAAAACAAACGUCAUCUGUCAUUUGUUUCGUAUGUCAACGUGAAAAAGAACACGUAAACACGUCGAUUAGCGUCAAUUCUAUAGUGAAAGCAGAACAAAACAACCACCGCGCAUAUUUAUUUAAAUGUAAAUCAACGGGUAAAUUGUACUCCACCAACUUUAGUGCCAAAAGUAGAAAAAGUGAAACAUAACCUCAAACUGGAAUCGUUUAAAAUGAGAAGGGCCCAUGCUGGUAAUUUUUACGAACCCGUACCCCAAACUUCAAACGAAAUCGAAGAUGAAAAUGACCACUUGACCAAUGAAUUGAGAGAUAAAAUAGGAGUGUUAAAGUCAUUGUCGAUUGAUAUAGGAAAUGAGGUCAGGUACCAAGAUAAGUUGUUGCAAGAUGUGGACGACGAUAUGGACAGGACUAGAGGGUUUCUGGGGAAUACGAUGAAUAGAGUGUUAAGGUUAUCAAAGGGGUCACAUAAUUAUUACAUUUUUUAUUUGUUCUUGUUUUCAUUGUUUGUAUUUUUUCUGCUUUACAUUGUUUUGAAAUUUAGGUAACUGAACUGAGUUUGACUUAUUGAAUGUUUUGUAUAUACUGCUUUAAGAUGUAAUUGGUAAGGUGAUGAUAUUUAAUAAUAAAAUCCAUAAUUAUUUAAA